GGGGCUGCCCAUUGCUCGCCUGAAUCGCCCUCUAUCCGCUGCCGCCACCGUCGCCGGAACUAUCCGCCGCCCCUCCUUGCUGACGUCCACAAGAGCUCUGCAUUGAGGAAUAGAUAGGGAGAGAGAUAAAGAGAGAGGGGAUUAGCCGCUGGUUUCUUCUAAAUCGACUGCUCCCAAUUGCCAGAUACUGGAGAGUGCUCGAGAGCUCAUGGAGGCAGAAGGGACUAUGCAAGGGUAUAUUAAGGAAUCUCAGGUUGAGAAAGAACCAUCGAAGAAGUGCAGGGUGGAUGCUCCUUUGCCUUCUGCGAAUAGCUGCUUCGACUGCAACAUCUGCCUGGAUUUUGUGUCGGAACCCGUUGUCACCCUCUGCGGCCACCUCUUCUGCUGGCCCUGCAUCUACAAGUGGUUGCAUGUCCAGACUACUUCCCCUCAGCAGUGUCCCGUCUGCAAGGCCCCUCUCUCGGAGGACACUCUUGUCCCGCUCUAUGGCCGUGGUCUCGGUAACAAGAAGGAAUCUGAUCGGAGCCUCGAGAUCCCCCACCGACCUUCCAUUUACCGAGACCAUGCUCUGAUUUCUUCGGUUAUCGAACACCAGUCCUCCUCUCGUGCUCAUGAGGAGGAACACUUUGAUAUCCAUCCACCGAUGCCGCAGCCACAACUUCCCCAUCACCAUCACGACCGACAAUACUAUCCUUACAGUUUUGGUUUCAUGUCAGCACCUUCGUCGCUGCUGGCAGCGCCCGUGUUCCAUUCUACUGCAGGUGGUGUGCUUGGGGAGUUAGCUGUUGCAGUCUUUCCCUCAGUGUUCCGGAAUCAGGAGGCCGGAUUGUAUUAUAGGAGCCGCCAGUAUGAUUUAACAGCAAGUAUGAACAGCCCAAGGUGGAGGAGGCAGCAGAUGCAGGUGGAGAGCUCGCUGCACCAGCUAUGGCUCUUCCUCUUCUGCUGUGCAGUUCUAUGCCUGUUAUUGUUCUGAAGGACUACAAGUUCCAUACUUUCUUAUAUAACACCUUUGCCAUAGACACGUACAUAACUGCCAUAGGAAUCAAAUGCAAUUACCUUCUAUCGCCACUUGUUCUUAGCUCUAUUUAGAUAAGUACAGGCAUUUGUAAACAGAGGGAGAGAAUUUCUGGAGAAGAUUAUAAAUUAGCCAGAAUUUCCAGAGUGACUUCAUGGCCUGUUCAAAAGACAAGUUGUAUCCUAAGCCAGAAUAUGUAAAUAUACGAAAUAUUGAUGCAAAGGGUUUCGCUCACUUCCAGUCUGCCA